AAACCCUUCCCUUUCUGGCGUAACUUGUUACGCACAGACUUCCGUGACUGGGCCCGGGACGUCCAUAGCCCAUCCAUAGACGUGGCCGUCUAUGCUGUGCUGCGUUCGCUGGCGCAGUGUCCGGUGUGGAGAGAGAGAGGGCGAAGUUUGCUCUGCCUGCAUUGCAGCCUCAGCGCUGCUGGAAUCGAACACAACAAUGGCGACUCCCAGUUCCAACAGCAACUUUACAACCUCCAGCGGAAACAGCAACAUUGCAGGAUCCACCUCGCACCACCAUCACCCGCAAACACAACACAUGACCACCGUCAGCAGCAUGCAAGAAAGCAACACGUGCUGGAGGUGUCAAAACGAAACAGGUAAACGUAAAGCCCUGAAGCUGAACUUCGCCAACCCUUCAGUGAAGCCAGCUACCAGGUUGCCUCUCAACCCCACACCUUCAACUGCCCCCUCCUUCCAGAACCCACACAUAGAGCGUAUGAGGACACACAGUAUCGAGUCGUCGGGGAAGCUGAAGAUCUCUACGGAAAAUGCCUGUGACUUCACGGCCGAGGACCUGAGGGACCUGGGGGAGAUUGGCCGUGGGGCCUAUGGCUCCGUCAACCAGAUGCAGCACAAACCCAGCGGACAGAUCAUGGCCGUCAAGAGGAUCCGCUCCACGGUGGAUGAGAAGGAACAGAAGCAGCUGCUGAUGGAUCUAGACGUGGUGAUGAGGAGUAGUGACUGUCUCUACAUCGUUCAGUUCUACGGAGCUCUCUUCAGAGAGGGCGACUGUUGGAUAUGUAUGGAACUAAUGUCUACCUCAUUCGACAAAUUCUACAAAUAUGUAUAUUGCUCGUUAGAUGACGUCAUUCCAGAGGAAAUAUUAGGCAAAAUUACAUUAGCAACCGUUAAAGCGCUGAACCACUUAAAAGAAAACUUGAAAAUAAUUCACAGAGACAUUAAACCUUCCAACAUUCUCAUGGACCGUAACGGCAACAUCAAGCUGUGUGACUUUGGCAUCAGUGGUCAGCUGGUGGACUCUAUAGCCAAGACCAGAGACGCAGGCUGCAGACCCUACAUGGCACCGGAGAGGAUAGACCCCAGUGCAUCCAGACAAGGCUACGACGUCCGAUCUGACGUGUGGAGUUUGGGGAUCACCCUGUAUGAGUUGGCCACUGGCAGAUUCCCGUAUCCCAAGUGGAAUAGCGUGUUUGAUCAGCUGACCCAGGUGGUGAAGGGCGAGCCGCCGCAGCUCUGCAACUCUGACGACAGACAGUUCUCCCCCAAGUUCAUCAACUUUGUCAAUUUAUGCCUCACAAAGGAUGAGUCAAAACGGCCCAAGUACAAGGAGCUCCUGAAACACCCGCUCAUCCUGAUGUACGAGGAGAGGUUUGUGGACGUGGCCAGCUACGUGUGUUGCAUCCUGGACCAGAUCCCCGCCUCCUCCCCUAUGUAUGUGGACUGACGGGGGGGGGGGACACUUUGCACGGCGACACACGCAACGGGGGGGGGGCGGUACACCGCAUGACAUCCCGUGUCCUCAGUUACUAUAGUAACAAGGUGUUUGUUUCCAUGUUCCAGAGAACAUGAGAACAAUUCCAUAUUCCAAACCAAUCGCCCUGUGCUAUAGGAUAAUACACACAUACUUGUCACCACCCUGUUCAAUGUCCAUAAAGACAUCUAGAUUCUCCUCCCGUCUUCAGACAGCUAAACUUGAAGACAUUCAAUUGGCUCAACGUAUAUACACAACGGUUAUCUUUUUUAUGUGCUUGGGGAAAAAAACGGUUUAGAGUCCAUAUACGGUGUAUACUUGAAAAUCGAUGUUACCAAAUAAACAAACAUGUUGGAAAGUGCCGCUCAUGACGUUAUGAAAAGAGUCAUCUAUUUGGAUUGUACAUUGUGGACUGUAUUGUAUGUAUGCGUUUGUGUGCUCACCUCUACGUCGUCAGAUUUUUUUUUUUACAGAUGUAAUGCAGACAGUCUUGUCUGAGCGAGACACUCGAAUCUCUCAGUAUGCUGUGGGUACCUCCUUGUAAAUGAAGGGGUCUAAUGAUGCAAAAGUUAUUGUUCCCUUGAAACACAGAUCGAUGGUGUAAACGUGGCUUUAUUUUCUUAAUAUGCAAUUUUACAGUAUGACUCCAAAUGUUGUUCUCUGCUAACUGUACAGUAGGAUUGUAAAUCUAUAUGUAUGUGUACAUUUCAAAACAGUCUGCUAUUAUUCACCGGUUCUGUUCAGCAGUUAGGACUUGUUACCACGGACGCGCUCGACAAUGUCUCCUCAAGCAGUGUAGAGUACACAGUUCUCCACCUGCCACACGUUGAAAAGUGGAUGAAGUUAUAGCCAGUCGGCUAGCUAUUAAACCUAUCACUUUGCAAGACGUCACAAGUUGAACAUGUCAGAUAUAUAUUUCAUUGCUUGACCAGGCCAGUGCUGCAUCUGUCUGUGUAAAAGGAGUGUCCGACCGCCACGACAGUCAUGUUAUACUACAGCACUGUUCAGCUGCCCAGCCUUCCUGAUCACACACAGAAUCAUAGAUAAAAAUCGUCAUGUGGCUCGGGCCGCUCGCCAUGAUACGAGGCUCGCACUGAUGGAAGGUUCUGUUUGCUUGGGCAACAUGUAGGGCGCAUCUCAAUAGUGUCCAGUGAAAUCCUCUUCUUGUCCACUGAUGGAAGGUUCUGUUUGCUUAGGCAACAUGUAGGGCGCAUCUCAAUAGUGUCCAGUGAAAUCCUCUUCUUGUUCCCUUUUCCACUGAUGUGAAAGAUCUAGACUGGUGAACAUUGAAUAGAUGUUACUGAUAGGCUUUCACCUAUCCUGUGUAGUCUGAUCAGUGCAGAUUGUUGUGUAUUUGGGUCUCGAGUGGCCUAAGGGACUGCAUUGUGGUGCUAGAGGCGUCACUACAGACCCUGGUUCAUUCGCAGGCUGUGUCACAACCGGCCGUGAUUGGGAACCCCAUAGGGCGGCGCACAAUUGGCCCAGCAUCAUCCGGGUUAGGGCCGGGGUAGGCCGUCAUUGUAAAUAUGAACUUGUUCUGAACUGACUUGCCUAGUUAAAUAACGGGUAAAUAAAAUAAAAAGAUGAAUGAGAGGUGAGGAAGUCACUCUCUUUCAUGCUCAGAAAUCCACGGCGUCACUCUUGUCAGGUCACCCACGUUCAGUGUAUAAUAACGUAGCGAAGCAAAAGAAACGCACCCCGUCAUGGAACUCCUUAGCUAGUGAACCAAACUGCAGGGGUUCAGCAUCGCUAUGUUGGAACCUGGGUUGUUUCACUAAGCACAGUCAAGGUGUUUGCCAGAUAACUUCAAUAAACUUUCAGAUGUAACUCCAAGGGUUACUAUAUGUGAUAUUAAGAACUAGAAAAUACACAAUUGUUUAGGAAAUGUAGCUGGCUAACAUUUCAUGAAGCUAAAUUGUGCUUCAUGAAAUGCCCCCUUGGAAAAGCCAGGGGUCAGGCACAAGUGUUUAGUACAGAAAUGUUGCGUGCAUAUGCAGCUUAUUCAGGAGAGAGGAAAUUUACAGAACAUUCAGAUAGAAAUGUACUGCAUAGACCCGACCUGAUUCCCUGUUAUGUGGAGUACGGAAUCCAGUCGUCUCUAUUCAUUGCGUUUCUGUCUGAAUAGUUCUAAACUUUGCACGCAUCUGAAGAAGCCUAUGCUCUUAUAAGCUGAGAUGUGGAACACUUAAGGUUACAUGGUGAAUUGCAAUUUAUUGGAAUGUUCAUAUUAUAGAUCAUACAAUGUUAAGGGCAAUGAGUAUUAUAUUGUAUAUUGAUCAAGGUUAAAAAAAAUAAAAAAUAAAGUUCACAUUGAGAAAAUA